CCUCUGGAGGCCGAAAGUCCGACCAGUCUCGUGGGACUGCGUACUUCCGGAGCUCGGGGUUGCCGCACGGAGGGGCGCUGGGCCCAACGAGGCAACAUGUUGGCGGUGCAUUUUGACCAGCCCGGCGGCGCCGAAAACCUCUACGUGAAGGAAGUGGCUAGGCCGAUCCCUGGACCGGGGGAGGUCCUGCUGAAGGUGGCGGCCAGCGCUCUGAACCGGGCGGACAUAAUUCAGAGACAAGGCGGCUACCCCCCACCGCCAGGAGCCAGCAGCAUCCUGGGACUCGAGGCAUCUGGCUAUGUGGCUGAGCUGGGGCCUGGCUGCCAAGGGAAAUGGAAGACUGGAGACACAGCCAUGGCUCUGCUGCCCGGUGGGGGCCAGGCUCAGUAUGUCGCUGUCCCAGAAGAACUGCUCAUGCCCAUCCCAGAAGGACUAACCUUGCUGCAGGCCGCAGCCAUUCCUGAGGCCUGGCUGACCGCCUUCCAGCUGUUACACCUUGUGGGAAAUGUUCAAGCUGGAGACACCGUGCUGAUCCAUGCAGGAUCAAGUGGUGUGGGUACAGCUGCCAUCCAACUGGCUCGGCUGGCGGGAGCUAUCCCUCUGGUCACAGCUGGCUCCCCACAGAAGCUUCAAAUGGCAGAAAAACUUGGAGCAGCUGUUGGCGUCAAUUACAAAGAAGAGGACUUUUGUGAAGCAGUGCUGAAAUUCACCCAAGGUGCUGGAGUCAACCUUAUUCUAGACUGCAUAGGCAGCUCCUAUUGGGAGAAGAACAUCAACUGCCUGGCUGUUGAUGGUCGCUGGAUUCUCUAUGGUCUGAUGGGAGGAGCCGACGUCAACGGUCCCUUGCUUUCCAAGCUACUUUCUAAACGAGGAAGUCUGAUCGCUAGCUUGCUGAGAUCCAGGAACAAAACGUACAAACAGGCGCUGGUGAGAGCUUUCACGGAGCGAGCUCUGCCCCACUUCUCCACAGAAGGCCCCCAACGUCUACUGCCAGUUCUGGACAGCGUCUACCCCUUGGCUGCAAUCCAAGAGGCCCAUAAAUACAUGGAAACGAACAAGAACAUGGGCAAAAUCGUCCUGGAGCUGCCCAAUGAGCAGGGCACGGCCACCCCAGGCCUUCUCCAUUCAAACUGAGAGGUCAUUCUGUUUGCCCGCAAGUGACCGGGUCCACGCCCAUGCCCGCCUUUUCAACUGACCCCUAUGAAACCCGUCUAAGGAAAUAAAAAGAAUGGACUUGAA